UAAGGCUCCCACGCAGAGUUUACCCAUUGAACCUCAUGGGACUUUUCAGCAAACACAUUUCUACUGGGUGAUGAACUGAAUCCUUUAAAAUGGAAAGCAAUCCAUUUUCAGAAGCAUCUUCCUCGUUGAUCUUUGGAGAUAUUAAAAGACGUGUUGGGGGGAAGAAGAACGGAUCUCUAAAAGCUGGGAAGCUGAAUGCUUCUCUUGCAUGUAAAAUCAAAACUAAGAUAAGAAGCAACUCCUCACUUUUUAAGAUUUCUUUGAAACACAAUAAUAAGGCUCUGGCCAUGGCCCUCAGCGCAGAGAAAGAAAAUUCUAGGAAGCUAAAAAAUGAAAAGCUCUUAUUACAGAAAGAAGUGGAUGAGCUGCAUUUGCAGAAUGUCUUACUGCGCCAAAAGCUGAAUCGUCUGAAUAAAAUUCUCAUAGAACUGGAAGCAUUCGUGAAUAAUAACAUUUCAACUGCAAUUGAAAUGAGCACUCUUUCAGAGCAUAUUCAAAAACCCUUAGAACUGGAAACAGACCACUGCAACAGUUCUGGUCAACAGCCUGAGAUUUCUGAUCAACCAAUUAGAACUAUUUGGCAACAUGUGAGCACUCAGACUGAAGAACAUGAUCGAAAUCAGCAAAGUAACAUAUCUGUCUGUGUAGCUGAUAAUCUUGUUACAUCAAAGGAAACUGCAGAUCAAAUCAAUGCAGAGUUAUUUGUGUCUGAAAAAAAUAUAUCAAAAUCAAGUGAAACAAAUAAAAUAGAAACAGUAUUUAUCACAAAUAAAUUUACAGAAGAAAAUCCAUCAUGUAUGGAUCAGAUGUCUAGUAGGACCUUUAAGCUGGAUCUGGAUAAUGCAUCGUCUGUAGAAAAAUAUGAAAAACAAUCAAAAGCACACAAUAGUCCUUUUCUAAUCCAUAGAUAUGUGACUGAACGGAAGAAACGAGGACUGUCCUGCACAUCAAAUAUUCAGUCUACUAUAAACAAUUUUGAGAGUAAAAGAGAGCAAAAUAGCAUAUUGCAUUUUGAUACUGACAACGUCCACACUAUUGGUCAGAUGGCCCCAAAAGAUGUUUCAUGCACUAAAUCAUCUCAACCUAGAAAGGAGCCUGAUCACACUGAUAAACUAUGUUUUAUAAAUGGUAAAAAGCCAGAAGAAACUGUAUAUGAUGCUGACAUGGAAUUGACUGCUAGUGAACUAGGUGAGAUACUCUUAAUUAAAUCAAAAGCCAAGGUUGAGAAUGCUAAAAUAGUAAAAACUGAUAAAAUUUCAGCAAAUUUGAGAAAAGUGAAAACUAAAAGUAUAGAAAAAAAGACUGAGGACAAAUAUAACAUUAAACCUAAAAAAUGUAACGAGAAAGUUCCUAGUAAUGGAGAAGUUAAAGAUAUUGAUAUUGUUGAAUCUAAAAAUGUUCUACCACCAGAAAAAGGAUUGUUUCAAAUGAGAAAUGAUCAGAAAAUGAAACUGAAGAACACCAAUAAACUUGGAGAAGAUUUUAAGAACAGUAACAAGAAUGACAGACUUGUAGACUUACGGCAAACAACUCAUGUUUCAGAAACAGAAAAAAUGAAAGAUACAAUUUUCAAAACAGCUCAGAAUUCAGACAACCAGGUCCCAGAACAUGAUUUUAACGUACCUAGUGGUAAAGUGCCAUUAGAAGGUUAUUCUAUUGAAAGCUUGCCACCAGUACAAAGCUCUGUGGUUUCAAUACAGGAUUUAGACAUAAAUGAGACCUUUCCUGUUGUUUCCAAAAUAAAAAAAUCAGAUUACAGUGAAAGGGAAAAUGGGCAGUAUUUGAAAGGGCCUAGAUCAAAUGUAUGCAAUUCUAAUAGCCAGACUAUACAAGAUGAAAAGACUGAUAUAAAGAGUGGCUUUAAUAAGAGAGAAGUGUCUUCCAGUUUUGGAACAACAAUAGAGAGAUCUGUUCAUGCUUUAGGUAUUCCUAAAACAGAUCAAAUUAAUGAAGAGUUUUCACAUGGUGAUAAAAGAAGAAUUUUUGCAAAAGCUAGCAGGAAGACAUACAUUAUAUACCCAAGCUCUCAGAAAACAACUUCUGUGAAACAAAAAUUACAUGAUGAAAAUGUGUAUACUGAGAAUAUCCAUGAAGGAAAUGAAAACAUUCAAAGGAAUUCCAAUGUUCAGCAUGUUACAAUUUCAUGUUACCUAAAGAAAGCGGCUGACUGUUGUGUUGAAACAUCCGAAGAAAGGGUAGAUUCUACACCAAACCCAAGCAAGAAGACCUAUAGUGUUUGUUCAUGUGAUCAAGGUAAAAGCGUAGAGAAAGUAAUUUCUAACAAUACUGAAAUAGCCACUGAGUUCCAUAAAAUUCCAAAAAACAUUCCAGUUCUGAAAAACCCUGAAACAUUGCAAUUCUCAAGCAUUUACCAAGAAAAUUACUAUGCUUCCACAGAGAAUGUGAACAUAAUUAGUGAAGAGUCCUUCAGCAAAAGACCAGUAUCAUACUUUGGGCGUAAGCCUCUCCAAGACCUGACAAAUAUCAAAGCACCUUCCCUUCCAAAACCCAAUAAAGACUUAGAAGAAAAUUCCACAUCACCUGUUAGACGCAGGCGAGCUACAGUUUGCUACAAAGAACCCAAACUCAACAGCAAAUUGAGGAGAGGAGAUAAAUUUACAGAUACAGAGUUUCUUAAUGUUCCAGUCUUCAAAGUCAGAAAUAAACAAAGCUUUAAAAGUAAAUCAAGAUUACUCUAA